GAAUGACAACACUGUAAGAGAUUAUUCAUGCUCCAAGUUAAAGAUGGCCCUUCCUUGCUGCAAAAAGUUAAAAGCUAUUAAGUUAGAAUUAAAUAAUAAACACUUCAUAUCGGUGAUCCAAUCAACUCUAAAUAACAGUCAUGCAAGAGUAAUUCGUCUUGACAGCUGCAUUUAUCCUAGUGAUUAUCUCUUGGCAGAAUUUUCUUCUCGAGUAUAUGAGGAUGAAAAAAGAUGUUUACAUCCACUGGAGCAAAUAUGGAAUGAGACUAAACUGGAUAAAAAAGAAAAAACAAUAUUCGGGGAUAAAGAAAAAUGGAUCUUAUUAACAACAGCAAAAAAUUCCGGUGAUGGUUAUUUUGGCGCUGCAUACUGGAAUCCCGAUCAGAUGCAAGUUGUAAUUGCACACAAAGGAACAAAUCCAAAGAGCGUGAAUGAUCUUUGGACUGAUUAUGAAGGUAUUUUAUCGAAUGAAUACACUUCUCAAAUGAGUUCUGCGAUUUCUUUUGCCAAUGAGAUUGCGGCUGAACUGGAAAAACUCAAUAAAAAACAAUCAGUGCAUUUGACUCUGUCAAUUACUGGACAUUCUUUGGGAGGGUGGUUGGCGCAAAUAACUUCUUUUUCUACUAAAUAUCUAACUAAAGACGAAAAUUGUUUUUUUGUAAAAAGCAGAAAAGAAGGUUCUCACACGCAUACAGUAGUCUUUGACAGUCCAGGUUGCAAAGACAUGUUGUUGAAAAUGGAAAGUGACUUUGAUGUACGCUACAGCGGUAAAGCCCAUUCAUCUUUUUUCUUGGAUGUCACAAUUUACCUAUCAGCACCAAAUUUGGUGAAUACUCUUCACUCACAUCUUAACGUUGAUAAUUUAUACCGGGUUUUUAUUGAAAAUAUACCACACAGAUCAUCUAGUUGGGAUUUUUUUCAAUACACAAUGGAAACUCACAAUAUGAACAGCAUUAAAAAGGCAUUGAUAUGCAGUUCGGCAAAAAAGAUAAUGAAGGUCAUAGACUGGCCAUUAGUAAAAGAAGGAUUAGGUGGAAUAAUAGCUGAAAAAAUAUUUAAUAUAUUUUCAACAAACACCAAUGAAUAUGAACAUUUUCAUAAAUUGGCUAAUUGUACUAACUAUUAUAAUCCACCUCCUGAUGAUAGCGAAUAUUGUACGCUUCGUUACCAAGUGCAAAGUGUGGAAAAAGGAGAAUGUAGUGCUAAUAUUUUUACACAAUCGGAGUUUGAAUUUCUGGAUAGUUGUCACAAAUUAAAGCAAUUCUCGAUGCUUUCUGUCGCAGAUGACUUAUUUCUUAUGCUAGAUCAAAAAUCAAGAAGAGUGAUAAGUAAAGACAAAAUUGAAGAAAUACUGGAAAAUCUUGCAGUAAAAGAGGGAGUAGGGCGAGGUAUAAUAAGCCGCAAUUCGGAAAAACAAUUGCAAGAAUUAAUUAUUUGUGUCAAAAACAUAUUGUUUAUUUUUCCAGAUAUUCGCAGUGAGAUAACUAAAUUAAAGAAUUUAGAAGUUCUUAAUGAGAUUUAUAAAAAACAGUCUCUUAAUUAUCUUAAAUCCAUUGAGUAUAUUGAACUGAAGGAGGCAACGAUAGAGUAUAUUGAUUUUUUAAAUCAUUCGAGCUUGCAGUUUUUGCAACUAAUAUGUAAAGCGCACCCUGUAAUUGAAAUAAAAAAACUACAUAAAUUUCUCAAAGAGAAAAAAAGAUUCGAUCAAGCAAGUAAAACCUUUUUUCUAAGUCUGAGAAAACUUUUAAUUUUAGAUCAGUUUUUUACAAUAAAUGAAUACGUAAAACAAUUAGAUAAUGAAUUUUCUGUGUUAUUUGUUGUUGAUAGUAAUAGAGAACUCUGGGAAGAAGAUAAAAAAUUGUUAAUUGCGUAUUUUAAAAAAUUAUUCUGUGUUUUAGGAGAUAAACCAAAGCUUAAGUUUAUUUUAGUUACUCAAAGUAAGAAAGUUUUAGAUGAUUGCUUAGGAAAUAAUUCUGAACUUUAUUUUGAAAUGGAGGAUAACUCAAAGUUUAAAUUUGGUGAUUUAGCAAAUUAUUCUCAGAAAACACUUUUAGAGAAAAAAAUUCUCUUUCAAGGUGAAGAGACAAGUUUAAGUUCAUUGAUAACAAAUGAAUUAAAUCAUAUAGUAAAUGAGGAAACAUUAUCCAAACUUAUCAGCAAUGAAAUGUUAGAGGUAGGCAAAGCCCUUCCAGAUCUGGGGGAUAUUGAGACUUACUACAUAGAUCGAAUUUUUAAUCAGUCAAAAAUUAAGAAAGAUCUUGAAAAUGAUUAUGAAAUUCAUAUAACCUAUGACAAUCAAAUUCAAAAAUCUAAUCUUAAUUGGGGACAAGAUAUAGUGCUGAUUUCUGAGGCAGGUGCGGAUUUUAAUGAACUGUGUAAUGUAUAUGAAAACCGAAAUAUUCACUGGCUGAAGGAAGUAGAUUACCAAUUUGUAUGGCAAAAAUCUCGCGGUGCUCUAUCAAGAUUGCGUAAUUAUAUUGAUAUAGACAAUGUAUCUGAAUUUCGAGACAUAAAUGGACGCAUAGUAAUUAUAAGUGCAGUAUCUGGUGCAGGUAAAUCUACGAUACUGACUAAAUUAGCUCAAAAUAUGAAAAAGUUUGAUACUUCCUUGUGGGUUGUGAGAAUUAAUUUAAAUGACUAUACAGGAAAACUAGCAAAUGCAGAUUUUAUUAAUGAUAGGGACCAAAUUUUUACAUUUAUUAUGGACAUAGCUGGUCUAAACACACCUCUGGAGAGAGAAUUAUUUAAGCAUCGAUUGAAUGUUGCAGGUAAAGUUGCCUUUUUUCUUGAUGGAUUUGAUGAAAUAGUUCCUGAUUACAAGGAGAAUAUUAUUGAACUAUUAAAAGCUUUACAGAAAUCAAAUGCAGAGAACCAUUUCUGGAUAACUACACGGCCACACAUGAAAAAUGAACUGGAAAAUAUAUUAAAUGUGCUAUCCUACAGUCUAAAGCCGCUAUCUAGAGAUGAUCAGGUGAUGCUUAUUCGAAAGCAUUUGAGUAAAAUGUUAGGACAUAGCGGAGAAAAGUUUGAUCAUUACGCCAACACAUUGCUUGACAAUGUUCUACAACCCGUUUCUGAUGCAAAUAAAGAAUUUACAGGAAUACCAUUACAUACAAAAAUGCUGGUUGAAGCUUUUCAUGAAGAAUUCCAAACCUCUUACCAACUGUCCAACGAAACAAAAGCAACUUUUUCGAAAAAAUUGCAUCUCAUGAGCCUCUAUAAAGCGUUUGUUGUAAGCAGGUACAGGAGGGAUCUUUCAGAAAGACAGAUACUAGACCUAACAAAACCGGGAUCACAAUAUAAAACACUCUACGCUUCCUUUAUAAAAAAAUAUUCGCUUCUAGCUUUAAGUGCACUUUUCAUGAAAAAAGAUUUAACUAAGUUUCUUGAUGAAGAAGAGUUGACAGAAAUAAAGAAUUACAAGAAAGAGCUGCAAGACGGAGAGGAAAACUGGGGUUUCAUUAGUCAUAUUGUCGAUGAGAAGCCAACUUUCAUCCACUACAGUUUUUCUGAAUAUUUUGCUUCACUUUUUUUCUUCAACAAUAUAAGAAGGGAAAAAGUAAAAGAACAUUUUCGUGAUCAUGUGUAUGGACCAAAUAAUAAGUUAACAAGCAUCUUCUUCGAUCACAUGACAACUGGUGAUGAUGAGUUAUGUGAGAUUCAUAAUGCUGUUUUAACCAAUUCCAAAGAUAUAGUAAAGCAACUAUUAAUAAAAAUAAGAAAAAAGGAAGAUUUUUUAAAUGCUAAAGAUAAAGUAGGAAGAACAGCCCUCCACUUAGCCGCUGCAUACGGAAACAUUUAUAUGGCUGUGAGAUUGGUGUAUCAGGGAUUAAGUGUCGAGGCUGAAGACCAACUUUUUGGUUGGAGUCCUUUAAGAUAUGCAGACAAAUAUGGUCAUUGGAAAAUUGCUGAAUUACUUCUAAGGAAUGGUGCGAAUGCUGGUGACAUGUAUGAAGCAAUAAAAAGCCUUGAAACAUACGAUGCUGAGAAACCAAAAAGGACUUUAUUGCACAAGGCAGCAGAAGAAAGUUUAAUGAAGAUUAUAAAUAUUCUAAUAGAAAGCAAAAUAAAUUUAAUAAAUGCUGUUGAUGCAAAAAAGAACAUUCCGCUGCAUUUUGUUUCAAAUAAGGAAAUCGCUGCAUUUUUAAUUUCAAAAGGCGCCGAUAUUAAAGCCAAAGAUAUCGUGGGAGAAACACCUUUGCACAAGGCUGUUUCGAGAGGAAAUGAUGAGGUUGUCGAGAUUUUAAUAGGAAAUGGGGCAGAUGUAGAAGCUGAAAAUAAACCUAAUAAGGAGACACCUCUGUUUCAUGUAAGAAGCCAGAAAGCAUUCGAGCUCUUAAUUGCAAAGGGUGCUAAUGUAAAUGUUAAAACUAUCGAAGGCUUUACACCUUUGCACAGCGCUGCUAGCAAAAGUAAGGAUAGGAUUGUGGAACUUUUAAUAAAAGAAGGCGCAGAUAUAGAAGCUAAAACUAAUCGUGAUGAAACACCUUUGUUUUUUUCUACUAGUAAGAAGGUUUUCGAGCUUUUAAUUGCUAACGGAGCUGAUAUUAAUGCUAGAAGUAGCGAAGGAAGAACACCUUUACACUAUGCUGUUAUGACUGGAGAAAAUGAGAUUGUCGAGCUGUUAAUUAAAGAAGGUGCAGAUGUUGAAGCUAAAAGUAAUCAGGAUGAAACACCUCUGUUUUAUGCGAUACGCAUACUUUUAAUUGCAAAAGGCGCUAAUAAAAAUGCUAAAAAUAGCAAUGGAAAUCCAAUUUUGCAAAACGCUCCUUGCAUCUCUUACACUACUCUUCUUGCACCUAUAUUUUACGCUAAUAGUAUCAGAGUAAUCGAGCUUUUAAUUGCUAAAGGUGCUAAUGUAAAUGCUAAAAGUAGAGAGGGAACAACACCUUUGCACUACGCUGUUGAUAAUGGAGAAGAUAAGAUUGUCGAGCUUCUGAUAAGAGAAGGCGCCGAUAUUGAAGCUAAAAGUAAUUUUGAUACAACACCUAUAUUUUACGUUAGUAGUAUCAGAGUAAUCGAGCUCUUAAUUGAAAAAGGCGUUAAUAUAAACGCUAAAAGUAGCGAAGGGUGUACGCCUUUGCACUUCGCUGUUAAGAAUGGAAAAGAUGAGAUUGUCAAGCUUCUGAUAAGAGAAGGCGCCGAUAUUGAAGCUAAAAGUAAUCUUGACACAACACCUAUAUUUUACGCUAGUAGUAUCAGAGUAAUCGAACUUUUAAUUGAAAAAGGCGUUGAUAUAAAUGCUAAAAAUGGCGAAGGGUGUACGCCUUUGCACUACGCUGUUAUGAAUGGAAGAGAUGAGAUAGUCCAGCUUCUGAUAAAAGAAGGGGCAGAUGUUGAAGCUAAAGCAUAUCUUAAUAUAACACCUCUGUUUUUGGCUAGUAGUAAGAAAUCAUUCGAGCUCUUAAUUGCAAAAGGCGUUAAUAUAAAUGCUAAAAGUAGCGAAGGAAGAACACCUUUGCACUACGCUGUUAAGCAUGGAAAAGAUAAGAUUGUCGAGCUUCUGAUAAGAGAAGGGGCAGAUGUUGAAGCUAAAGCUUAUCUAGAUAUAACACCUCUGUUUUUGGCUAGUAGUAAGAAGGCAUUCGAGCUCUUAAUUGCUAAAGGCGUUAAUAUAAAUGCUAAAAGUAGCGAAGGAGGAACACCUUUGCACUACGCUGUGAAGCAUGGAAAAGAUGAGAUUGCCGAGCUUCUGAUAAGAGAAGGGGCCGAUAUUGAAGUUAAAAGUAAUUAUGAUACAACACCUAUAUUUUGCGCUAGUAGUAUCAGAGUAAUUGAGCUUUUAAUUGAAAAAGGCGCUAAUAUAAAUGCUAAAGACUGCGAAGGCGAUACGCCUUUGCACUACGCUGUUAUGAAUGUAAGAGAUGUGAUUGUUGAGCGCCUAUUGAGAGAAGGUGCUGAUCUUGAAGCUGGAAAUAAUCAGAAUGACACUCCACUGCAUAAAGCUGCUGAAUUUGGAUACCAGAAAUAUGUUGAUAUCUUCUUAAAUAAUGGUGCUAAUAUAGAAAUUAAAAAUUCUUUAGGGCGUACACCUCUACAUUUAAGUGCUAAAGCCGGAAAAAUAGAUGUUGUCAAAAUUUUAAUUUCACGACGAGCUCGCAUCGAAAUUAAGGACAGCCUUGGCCUUACUCCUAAGGAUCUAGCUUCGAGUGACGAGAUUGUCGAGCUUUUAACUUCUUAUGCUAGCAAUGAAAAUCAGACUUAUAGUGUUAAACAAUCAGACGAUUCCUCUGCAACGAGAAUUAGUGGAGUAACACGUUGCUUUCUCACUAUGGGAAAAUCAUCUCUUCCUGCACAAGACAAGACCAUUGCAAAUUCGAAAAUGGCAUUUCCUUUAAGCAAAGAACUAAAAGUAGUUGAUUUAGAAUACAGUGACGGAGACUUUAUAUCAAUAAUUGAAUCUGAUAUAAUAAGCACAAAUGCAACAUCCAUUCUCUUAAACAGAUGUGCUUAUCCGAGUGACUCAUUUUUAGCUCAAAUUGCAUGCAGAGUUUACAAAGAACUGAAAAACUGUUUGGAUCCACUGGAGCGAAGUUGGGUUUUGUUGACAACAGCAGAAAACUCCACUGAUGGCUAUUUUGGGGCUGCUUAUUGGAAUCCCAACUGCCAGCAAGUUGUUAUCGCCCACAAAGGGACACGUCUCACAUGUUUUAAUGAUCUUUGGGCAGACUAUGAAGGUAUUAUGUCAAAGGAUUACACUUCUCAAAUGAGUUCAGCAGCUACGUUUUCCAACAAUGUUGCAAAGAAACUGAAAAAGCUUAGUAGAAAGCAUUCAGUGAAUCUAACAAUUUCCAUAACAGGGCAUUCGUUAGGAGGCUGGCUUGCACAAAUUACUGCCUUUACUUUACAAUAUCUUGCUACUAAACCGUUCGAAGACGAAGGCAAGCUCUUUGUUAAAAGCAAAAAAGAGGGCUUUCACACUCAUACCGUGGUUUUUGAUAGUCCUGGUUGCAAAGACAUGUUGUUGAAAAUGGAAAGUGACUUUAAUAUACGCUAUGGUGGUAAACCUCAUUUAUCCUUUUUGUUGGAUAUCACUAUAUAUCUCUCUGCACCAAAUGCUGUCAAUACUCUUAACUCACACCUGAAUGUUGGUAAUUUAUAUCGUGUGUUUAUCGAAAACUUACCUACGAGAAAAUCUUGUUGUGAUUUCUUUCAAUAUACCAGAUACACUCACAAAAAGGAGGAAAUUCGAAAUGUGUUUCUUUCCGAAGAAAAAGCUUCGAACGAAAAAAUAAUGAAGAUAAUAGAUUGGCCAUUAGUAAAAGGUGGAUUAUGUGCAAAAAUAUUAGAAAAAUUUUCAAGUAGCGUAAACGAAUAUGAACGUUUCCAUAAACUAGCAAACUGUACUAACUAUUAUAGUCCACCUCCGGAUGAUAACGAAUAUUGCACUCUCCGUUAUCAAGUACAAAGUGUGGAAAAAGGAGAAUGUAGUGCUAAUAUUUUCAUGCAGUCGGAGUACGAAUUUUUAAAUGAAUAUCUUAAGUUAAGACAGUUUUCUAUGCUUUUUAUCCUAGAUGACUUGUUCUUCCUACUUGAGGAAAAGACAAACGCAGAAAUGAGCAAAGACAAAAUUGGAGAAACAUUGCAAGAAUUUGAAGUGAAAGAGGGGGAAGGACGAGGUUUUAUCAAGUGCAACUCAGAAGAAGAAUUGAAGAAAUUGAUCACUUGUGUCAAAAACAUUUUAUUUAUUUUGCCGAAUAUACAUAUUGAGAUAAAAACUAAGUUAAAUAAUUUGGAUGUCUUAAAUGAUGUUUACGAAAAUCAGUCUCUUAAUUAUCUUAAAUCUAUUGAGUAUAUUGAACUUAUUGAGUCAUUUCCUAAAUACGUUGUUGAUUUUUUGAAUAACUCUCACUUGCAAUUUUUGCAAUUAAAUUGCAAAGCGCAUCGUGUUUUGGGAGUAAAAAACAUACUAAAUGUACUGAAAGAGACAAAAGGUGACCAUCAAACGAGUAAAACUUUUUUUCUGAGUUUAGAACAGCUUAUAAAUUUGGAUAAAUAUUUUCCAUUAAAACAAUUUGUAAAACAAUUAGAUAAAGUGAUUCCAGUGUUAUUUGUUGUUGAUUGUAAUAUUGAAAGCAAUGAAUCAGCAACAUUAUUUAAUAAUUCUCUUAUUGCUAUAAGAAGCAAACCUAAAUUUAAGUUCAUAUUAGUUUCACAAAACAAUGGUAAUGUAAGAAAUUUUUUGGGAAAUAAUUAUAAUGCGUAUGUUGAAAAGAAUGAUGAUUUAAAAAUUAAAUUCGACGAUUUAACAAUUACUACCCAAAAGCAACUUCUAGAGAAAAAAAUUUAUUUUCAAGGAGAAAAAAUAUGUUUAGGUACAUUGAUAACUGAUGAAUCAAAACAAAUAAUCGAUGAAGAGAUAUUGUCUAAACUUAUAAACAAUGAUUCAAUAGCCGUUGGUAAAGCUCUCUCUAGCUUAGGUGAUGUUGCUAGUUACUAUAUUGAUCGAAUCUUUACACGCCAUAUAGUCAUUAAAAAAGAAAUAGAAAGAGAAACAAGACUACUUAUUACUCAUAACAAGCAAGUAGUUAGAUUGAAGUGUGAAGCAACUCAAGAUAUUGUGCUGAUUUCGGAUGGGGAUGACGAUUUUGAUAAACUCUGUAAUGAAUAUAAAAAACAUAAUAUUCAUUGGUUGAAAAAAGAAGAUGACAAUUUCGCAUGGCAGAAGUCUCGUGGUGCUCUAUCCAUCUUGCUUGAGUAUGUAGAUCAAGAGUACGUCUCUGAAUCUCGUGAUAUUGAUGAUAGAAUUGUAAUUAUAAGCUCAGUGUCUGGUGCUGGUAAAUCCACUGUGCUGACUAAACUAGAACGUGAAUUAAAAAACUGUGAUGCUUCCUUUUGGGUUGUGAGAUUUAAUUUGAAUGAUUAUACAGAAAAACUAGAAGCUCAAAAUUUUGUCAAUGAUGAGGCAAAAACAUUUGAAUUUCUCCUAGAUAUUGCAGGUUUAACAACUCCACUGGAAAAAAAGUUAUUUAAAUACAGACUUAAUUCCCAAGGAAAAAUUGCUCUGCUUUUUGACGGUUUUGACGAGGUAGUUCCGAAGUACAAGGAACGAGUCGCCCAACUAUUAAAAGUUUUAAAACUUACUAAAGUUGAAAAACUUUGGAUAACUACUCGUCCACACAUGAAAAAAGAAUUGGAAGACAUAUUAAGUGUAUUACCGUAUAUUUUAAAACCUCUAUCUAAAGAAGAUCAGGCGAUGUUUAUUAGAAAGUAUUUGUGUAAAGUUAUCGAUGUUAGGUUUAAUGUCGGGGGACAUUUUGACAUUUAUGCCAAACAGUUACUUGACUGUAUGUCCCAGCCUAUUUCUGAUAAGAACCAAGAAUUUACAGGAAUACCACUACACACAAAAAUGUUGGCGGAAGCGUUUCGAGCGGAGUUUAAAAACUUUUAUUUUCCUUCCAGCAAUACUGAAUCAAAUUUGCCUAAAAGUCUAGAUAUACUGGAUCUGUAUAGAGUUUUUGUUGAAAGCAAGUACAAACGGCAUCUUCUAGAAAAACAUAUAUUGGAUCUAACUAAAUCAGGUUCAGAGUAUGAAACACUAUACGCCACCUUUAUAAAAAAAUAUUCCUUAUUAGCAUUGAGUGCACUUUUCUGUGAGGAAGAUAUAAACCAGUUCCUUGAAAAAGAAGAGUUACGUGAACUAACCUACUACAAAGAACAGAUAACGGAGGGAAAAGAAAACUCAGGUUUCAUUAGUCAUACUGUCGGUGCAAAACCAAUUUUCAUUCACUACAGUUUUUCAGAGUAUUUUGCUGCACUUUUUUACUUCAGCAAUAUAAGACGGGAAAAAGUAAAGGCACAUUUUCGUGAUCAGGUUUAUGGACCAGAUAAUAAGUUAACAAGCAUCUUCUUCGAUUUAAUGGCUGCAGAGGACAAGAUAACGUAUAAAGUACAUAUCGCAGUUUUAAACAAUGAUGACAAUAAAGUUAAACAAGUGUUAUCAAGUUCCGAAAAUUUAGAAGCUAUUAUUAAUGCUACUGAUCGAAUUGGAAGAACAGCACUCCAUAUAGCUGUUGCUCACGGUUACUCGAAUAUCACAGAAAUUUUAUCAGAUCAUGGUUUUAAUGUUAAUGCUGUAGAUGAACUAUACCAUUGGCGUCCUUUAAGAUAUGCUGAUAAAUAUGGUCGUUGGGAUAUAGCUGAACAACUCCUUCGGAGAGGGGCCAAUACUAAUGAUUUGUAUCUGGCACAACAAAUGGUUAAAUACUAUGAUUUUAAUGAAGAUAUACAGUCUAUGAUAGAUAUGAUAAUGGAAUGCAAUUUAAAGGAAGUGUUCAAUGUCAUGAUAAAAGUCGGAUCAGAUUUGGUCAAUAGUAGACCUAAGAGUUCAUUUCUUCUUGUACAAAGAGUUCAUUUCUUUCGUCACACUCUACUGCAUAAAGCGUGUGUUUAUAAUAAAAAGGAAUUCGUUGAACUUUUAGUUAGACAAGGAGCUGAUAUUGAAACAAAAGAUGGAAGUUCCUGUACUCCCCUUUACAACGCAGCUUUCAUAGGUACCAUUGACAUUGUUGAGCUUUUAUUAACAUUGGGUGCUAAUAUUGAAUCGAAAAAUAGUUAUUUACAAACGCCUUUACAUGCAGCUGCUAGGAAAGGCAAUAAGGACGUUAUUGAGAUUUUAUUACUGUGGGGAGCAGAUAUUGAAGCUAAAGAGAAGAAUGGACAUACUCCUCUUUACAUAGCUGCUAUCUGGAAUAACAAAGAUGCUUUUGUAGUUUUAUUAGAACAAGGCGCUGAUAUUCAAACAAAAUCUGAACAUUCCAAUACUCUCCUUCACGCAGCAGCUCUCGAAUGUGCCAUUGACAUUGUUGAGCUUUUAUUAACAUUGGGUGCUAAUAUUAAAUCGAAAAAUAGUUAUUUACAAACGCCUUUACAUGCAGCUGCUAAGAAAGGCAAUAAGGACGUUAUUAUGAUUUUAUUAUUAUGGGGAGCAGAUAUUGAAGCUAAAGAUGAGAUGGGAGUUACUCCUCUUCACAUAGCUGCUAACUCGAAUGACAAAGAUGCUGUUGUAGUUCUAUUAGAACAAGGGGCAGAUAUUUUUGCUACAGAUAAAUAUGGUUUAACUCCUCUGCAUUAUACUUUCGAUGGAGAGAUUGUUAAGCUUUUAAUAGAGAGUGCUUCUGAUAAAAUUACUUAUGUUAACUUUGCAGAUGAAUCUGACGAAACUCCUCUGCACCAUGCUGCAGAAUGGAGUAAUGAAGAUGUUGUUGAAGUUUUGAUUGCAGAAGGUGCUAACAUAUAUGCUGAAGAUAACAAUGGUCGUACUCCUCUACACUUAGCUAAGUAUAAGAAAAAUGCAGAACUUUUAAUAGAUCAUUCUAAGGGUAAAAAUGAGUACGUUAAUCUUAAAGACUCACAUCAUAGAACUGCUCUGCACCAUGCUGCUGAUAAUGGCUGCAAGGAGGUUGCUGAGAUUUUAAUUGAUUGUGCGAUAAAUGAAAUUGCUUUUGUUAACCUUCGAGACGAAGAUAAUCGAACUCCUUUGCACCUUGCUGCUGCUCCUUCUUAUCUAAACAAGGAGGAUGUGUUUGAAGUAUUAAUUGCAAGAGGUGCUGAUAUUUAUGUUGAAGAUAACUUUGGUCAUACUCCUCUCCACUUGACUUCCAGUAAAAAGAUUGCCGAGCUUUUAAUAAAUCAUGCGAAAGACAAAAAUGCUUACGUUAAUUUUAGAGAUGCAAAAAAAAUGACUCCUCUGCACCUCGGACUCCUCUGGCUUAAUGGUUUCGAUGAGGUUGCUGAGCUUUUAAUUGAUUGUGCCACUCAUAAAAAUGCUUAUGUUAACCUUGAAGAUCUAAAUAAACGUACUCCUUUGCACUAUGCUGUUGCAUUUCAAGAAGGCAAUGAGAGUAUUGUUAAAGUUUUGAUAGAUAAUGGGGCAAAUGUUGAAGCAGAAGACAAGUUUGGCUAUACACCACUGUACUUUACUUCUUAUAAGGCGAUUGCUGUGCUUCUGAUAAAAUAUGCUAAUGACAAACUUUCUUACAUUAAUCACAGAGACAAAGAGCAACAGACUGUUUUACAUCAUGCUUCUGCUGAAGAUCUUAACAUGGUAGAAUUUCUUAUUGAACAAGAGGCUGAUAUUCAAUCUAAAGAUAACUUGGGUCGUACGCCUCUACAUUUAGCUAAUAGUAAGAAUAUUGCUGAAAUUUUAAUAAUACAUGGAGCCGAUAUCGAAGCUGAAGAUUCUCAGUGCCGAAGACCUCUUCACGCAGCUGCUAAUAAAAGUGAACUGGAGGUUGUGGAAUUUUUAAUAGCGCAAGGUGCAAGCAUUGAAGCUAGAGAUAAAUUUUGUGCUACUCCUCUGCACUUAGCUGCUGAAGAAGGUGCAAAACAGGUUGUUGAGCUUUUAGUGGCACAAGGUGCUGAUAUGGAGGCAAAAAAUCACUGGAAUCGUACACCAUUACACAUUGCUGCUGAAAUGGGAAGAGUGGAAGUCGUCGAUCUUUUAUUAAUGCAGGAUGCUUCUUUAGAAGUUAAGGAUUCCUUCGGUUUUACUCCUUUGCAUGCAGCAACUGAGAAGAAUCAAAAAGACGUUGUUGAACUUUUAUUACAGCGUGGAGCUGAUUUAGAAGCAAAAGAUAAUUGUGGUUGUACUCCUCUGCACAUAGCCACUAAUGAAGAUAAUGAAGACGUUGUAGAAUUUUUAAUAACUCAAGGUGCUAAUAUUAAUACUGAAAAUAACUUCGGUCAUACUCCUGCAAUCAAAGCUGCUUAUGGCGGAAAUAAUAAAAGUUAACAAUCCAAGUUAUCGGUAAUAAGAGUGUCGAAAACUAGCGAAGCAUCUCUUAAAAAUGAAAUAAAGAAGGUUCCAGUGUUUCUAAUAAAUUGUGCUACGAACAACAAUUCAUAAGUUUUUUUUUCUCUCUGAAGACACACAUAACUAUAUACCAAGACUGAAAAAAUUUUAGAAUUUUUUUUUUAAUAAUAAAUACAGGUUUAAGUAUUUGGUGCUCCAUCAUGCUGCACUGGCACCUUGAGAGCCACUACUUUUUACUGUAAAUUUAUAGUUGGCGUAAAAAUUCACAGUAGAAAAAAAAUAUCAAGGAAAGACUAAGCAGAAACAUAAUGAUUCGAACCCGGAUAAUCUGCUUAUCAAAACAAAAUGCUAACCCUUGUUCGCUCCUGCUACCCAGUGAGGAUGGUUAUGAAAUAAGAUAAAAUAUAUUAGAAAACCAGUAGUGACGUCAUAAGGAAUCAUAGUGACAAGAAAACUACCAUGGCCUCCUAUUACUCUAGACUACUUUAUACUAUUUAAUUUACUUUUAAAAAAAGUUAUUCUAUUGAGACUACAUUUAGCAACAAUUUUUACCUCAGAAGUUUCCAUAACUUUUUACACCGUGUCUUUAAAAGACAUAGUUCAUUCUUUCAACACUGCAUGUUCUGAAUGUAGAGUUUAAAAAUGAAUAAUGUUUUACUUCUACCCCAAAUUUCAUGAAGUUCUAACAAAGUAGAAAUAGAUUUUGACUGCAAUAGAAAUGUAAAUGUUAAAAUGAAUAGACGCACACUUCUCUUAAAUGGUGUUCCUACAUACCCUUUGACACUUUUUGUAAACAUUUAUUUUAGGUCAAAAUGAGUGAGAAAUAUUAUAUUUAGCAUUUUAAUAA